UAUGGUAAAAAUAAAUGAAAUAUUUCGCUAUGUAACCUGUGCCGUCACAGGUUGUUGAUAUUACUCAGCGUGCAUCUGAAAUACCGCUCGGUUCGUAACACCGGCUACAACAAAUAGUUCCUAGAUGUAAUAAAACGCUUUCACCGGAACACGAAAAAAGAACUGGCUACAAAAAAACUACGGUAUCAAAAUUAAUUUUAUAAUCUUACUUUUAACCAUACUGUGACAGCAGUGCGAUGCAUGUCUGUUUUUAAACCUAACAUUAACGCAGCCUGGAUCGCUGCAGUAUGUUUUAGUUUCACUUUAGUUGUUCGCUAAAGAGUCGGGAAACCUAAGAGCAGAGAAACAAUCUGCUUCAAGAAGUGAUAUAAGGCUUCUGAUACAGCUCCAGAGGAGAUCUGGACUGAUAGUAAUGGUAAGCCAUAAUGGAGAAUAAGAGUGAUGAUGGGGCGCUCCACACCACCACCCUGACGAAUAAACAGCGGGGGAACGAGGUCACAGUCCGGCCGGCCACUUUGGACAAUCUCUCCAUUCAUCAGUUUGCCGCUCAUGGAGAAAUAUCACAAGUAAAGGCACAUCUUGCCUCAGAUAUUUCCCUACUGAACAGUCAGGAUGAACGAGGUUUCACUCCACUGAUGUGGGCAGCAGCAUUUGGAGAGAUCGAAAUCGUCCAGGUUCUCCUUGAGAAGGGAGCUGAUCCGAAAAUAUUUGCCCGGGAGCGGGAAAGUGCCUUGUCUUUGGCCAGUGCUGGGGGAUUCGCAGACAUCGUCAGUACUCUUUUAAAACAUGAAGUUGACGUUGAUUCCUAUGACUGGAAUGGAGGUACUCCACUUCUUUAUGCAGUUCGUGGCAAUCAUAUGAGAUGUGUAGAAGCUCUCCUGGGUCACGGUGCAGAUAUAACAUUUGAAUCAGACUCCGGAUACAGUCCGGUGGCCCUUGCUGUUGCUCUUGGCUACAAGAAAAUGCAAAAGCUGCUUGAGGACCACAUUCUGAAACUGUUACGGAACUGAAGAAGAAGAUGUGACAAUUUUACAUUGCUUUUCUUGCUCUGAAUGUAAACUUUUUUUUACCUUUUUAAUAAAAAUAACAUUACAAAUAUACUUGCAUGGGUUGAUUUGUCUUGGCAUGUGAAGCCAUUCAUAAAAAAGUUUAACUACUAGGGAGCAGCUGAAUACAUUUGAGCACUCUUAUAA